AUGUUCGGCCUUUCUCUCCUCCCCCUCCUCCCUCUCCUCUGGCAAACACCCCCAGCAACCGCCGCAGUCCUCACCUACUCAACCCGAGAAAAGUGCCAAAGCAGCGGCGGAACCCACUGCCCUAAAGGAACAAUAAUUGUCGGCAACAGCAGCAUUGCAGACUUCCCCACCGUCCAAGAAGCAAUCACCUCCCUGCCAGACAACAACAAACCCGCAACAAUCCUUCUACUCGCAGGCACCUACGAAGAACAAGUGAACAUCACCCGGGCCGGGCCUAUAACUUUGCUGGGGCAGACCACUUCUCCGAAAGAUGCCUCUCGCAACCGUGUGACGUUGACCUGGGCGGCCGCGAAUAAGGAUUCAACGGGUCAGUCUGUGGAUAAUGUUUACUCGAGCGUGAUGGUCGUUGCACCGACGCUGGAUGCUAGUAUUACGGGCUCUGGAACGACGGGUUUCGCUGUGCCUGAUGAUACGCCGUUUGGGAAUAAGGAUUUCAGGGUUUAUAAUGUUGAUUUUAGAAAUACUUGGGCGGAAUAUUCGGAUGGACCGGCUCAUGCUAUUAGUUUUAGUCGGGCUAAUGGGGGGUUCUAUUAUUGUGGAUUUUAUUCAUAUCAGGAUACGGUCUACAUCGGCAAGCUAGGAAACGCCUACUUCUACAAAUCAAUCCUAGCCGGCCAAACCGAUUUCCUCUACGGCUUCGGCACAGCAUGGAUCCAGUCAAGCGAGAUCCAACUCCGCGGCUGCGGUGGCGGAAUAACAGCUUGGAAAGGCACGAACACGACCUUCGAAAACAAAUACGGCAUCUACAUCGCAGACUCAACUCUGAAAGCGGCGAAUUCUUCCAUCGCAUCGUCAAUCAAGGGUGAAUGUGCGCUGGGUCGGCCGUGGAAUUCACAGCAUCGGUCUAUCUUUGCGCGCUCGUAUGAAGAUGGAAGUAUUGAUCCUAGUGGGUAUAUUGAUUGGGUUGUUAGUGGUGUUGCGCGGUAUGAGAAUGGAACCACACUCAUGGCGGAGUAUAAGGCUUAUGGUCCUGGCUUUAAUGAGACUGGAAGAGUGGAGGGGGGUGUUACGACUGUUCUUAAGGAGAAGGGAUGGGAGCCGUAUAGUGAGCCGGCCAAGGUUUUUCAAAACCAGGAAGGUGUUUUUGGGGAUGUCAAGUGGAUUGAUUGGGAGGCUGUGCGAUCUAAGUAG